AUGGCAACAGGAGAGCUUCCUUCUUAUUCAGCCAUUCCAACUGCUGAUAGCUCAGCGUUGAACUCGUAUGGCGCAUUAUCAAAUUCAAACGACAUAGAAGUAUUACCAUCAACUACAAUUACUAUUCAAACACCGGUGCAUACUUAUGAAUGUGAUUCUGCAAGCUCAAGUCCUCAUAAAACUCCCAAAACUCCAUGUUUGAAACCUCACCAAUCUGAAACUAUAUUUGCUAUAUGUUUGUUUACACUCGGAGCUAGUUUAUUAAUCUAUGUUAUUGUUUCAUAUUGGUUUACACAUAGUCAAAUAUCUCCAAUGAUUAUAUUUAUAUGUGGUUUACUAUGUUUUAUACCUGGUUGUUAUUAUUUAGUUGAACAUUAUUGUUGUUUUUCACCAUGUCAACGAAAUCGUCGUCGACACUCGCCAAUAGUCGAUCAAGAUGACAGCACUUAA